AUGACUGAUUAUGAAACUAAGGAGAAUGAAUUAUCUUUUGCUUCAACCACUAGGGCAUCUCUGCAAGUACGAGGCCUUUCAGUUUUAGCUUCGACAGGUUCUACGAUUGUCAAUAAUAUUUCGCUGAAUGUGCCAAGUGGAUCCAUUUUGGCUAUUAUGGGUGGAUCGGGGUGUGGGAAAACGACACUCCUAAACGCAUUGGCGUGCAAAAACUCCCGAGGCCUUCAAAAAAAUGGCAUCCUCAAGAUUAUACCCGAAAAUGCUGAAAAAACUGAUAAUAAAGUAACCACGGCGUAUCUAACCCAGCAUGACAUUCUAGCUUCCAAGCUUACCUGUAGAGAAACACUAAAUUACGCUGCAGACUUGAAAUCGAACAGUCCGAAGCAGGAGAGACGGAAGCUCGUGGAAGAGCUCAUAGCCGAACUGGGUCUUAAGGACUGUGCAGAUACUUUUGUAGGAGAUAGAAGAAAUCCGGGGCUUUCAGGUGGCGAAAAAAGAAGACUAAGCAUCGGUAUCCAGCUUAUUUCUAACCCAUCCCUCAUGUUUCUCGACGAGCCCACUACAGGACUAGACGCUUAUUCGGCAUACGUUUUCAUCAAGACUUUGAGAAAACUGAGUCACACUGGAGGCCGGACUUUUGUCAUGAGUAUCCACCAGCCUAGGGCUGACAUUCUUUUUUUACUUGACCAAGUUUGCAUCCUUUCUCAGGGCCAGGACGUGUAUUGUGGACCCGUUAAUAAGAUGGUCGAGUAUUUUGGUGACUUAGGUUAUGAAGUGCCACAACACGUCAAUCCAGCCGACCAUUUUAUUGACUUGUGCAGCAUAGAUUCGAGGACCGAAGCUGCGGCUACGUUCACAGAGCAAAGGCUGCGAGAUUUGAUCGCAAAUUGGUCAAAAUUUGAAAAGGCUCUCGAAUUGCCCAGCAUAGAUUAUGAGAGCGAACUGGAAGUUUCAGCCCCAAGCGUUUCAUUCAGAGAUCAAGUCAAGGUAUUAACAUUGCGGUCAUCGAAAUUAAAUUUCAGAAACUCAUUGGCUUUCCUUGGCAUUUUACUAGAGCCCGUUAUUAUUGGAGUGAUAACAGGUUGGAUUUUUUACAAACCCGAUCAAACCACUUUGGCUGGCCUCAGAACGAUUACGGGCGCAUUAUAUUCAGCAGGUGCUCUACAGGGCUAUCUUUUCUUGCUUUACGAAACUUACAGGCUAUGUGAGCAAGACAUAAAAAUAUACGACAGAGAGAGAGCAGAGGGCUCAGUUUCAGCGUUAGCAUUUUUGCUUUCACGAAGAUUGUCCAACUUCUUCUUCGAAGACCUCGCUGUACCUUUCAUUUUCUCUGUGAUCACCUUCUUCAUGUAUGGAUUAAAUGUGAACGCGAAGGGCUUUUUCAUUUACUUUUCGGUCGUAUUUUUGAUUCAUCAGACGUCAACGUCAGUGGCAUUCCUAUCGGUAGCCAUUUCAAGAGAUUUUUCUCAGGCUUCACUAUUUGGAAAUCUUAACUAUACGCUGCAGUCAAUGGCAUGCGGGUUUUUCGCAAAUGCUAAGAAAUUGCCAGUUUAUGUCAGGUGGACCAAAUAUAUUGCUUACCUUUGGUACAGCUAUGGCAGCCUCAUGUCUAAUGAGUUCACAGACCUCGGAUGUAGCUCGACGGAUUUGGAUGAUUGUACUGGUAACAUGCUUUUGGCCACGGCGGGAUACCCUCGAAACUGGAGAACGGUACCAAUUGUUAUCAUUUUUUUGUGGGCUCUUGGGUUCUAUGUCGUUGGCGUGGUUAUCUUCCACAUCAACAAAACCGACGUGAGCCUUGCAAAGAAAAUUAAGGCCAAGAAGAAGACAUGCACCGAAACCAAAGAAAUUCAUUUGGAUCUAGAGGCAAACAAGGCCAUUUCCUCUAAGUCCAGAAUGGCGUCUGUGGAUUUUGCCUUUGCGCGCUUAAAUCUCACAGUACAGAUGAGAGAUAUUAGACUUGGACGGCGGAAAAUGCUUACUUACUCUCAUAAAAAUCUUGAGAUUCUAAAAGACAUUGAUGCGACCUUUCAAUCCGGCGUGAUAAAUGCUGUUAUGGGCCCUUCGGGAUCGGGAAAGUCCUCUCUCUUAAAUUUGGUUUCUGGCAAACUAAGAUCUACGAUCAAUCGCUCUUUUGCAUCCCAAGGUAAAAUUCUUUGCGGGGGGGCUUUAUUAUCAUUUCCAGAAUUUUCCAGUCUUUGUUCAUUUGUUCCUCAAGAUGACGAACAUCUUUUGUCGAAGCUUACAGUGAGAGAGACUCUUUCAUACGCGGCUGAGCUUCGCUUAUACGACUUAAACUCGAACGAAAGGAAUGCCAGAGUUGAAGAGCUAAUUGGUGACUUGGGGCUGAAGCACUGUGAGAAUACCUUGAUUGGCGAUGAUCUCACGAAAGGUAUUAGCGGAGGAGAAAAACGGCGUGUUUCCAUGGGCAUUCAAUUAUUGACAGAUCCUCCCAUUAUUCUGCUAGAUGAACCAACUUCUGGUCUCGAUAGUUAUACGGCUUUCAAAAUCUUAGAUGUUUUAAACGGUCUAUGUCUCCACAGCGGAAAGACGGUAGUUCUGACUAUUCAUCAGCCGAGAGCAGAGCUGUUUCAAAAAUUUGGCAAUGUGCUGCUCCUUGCCAAAGGUGGGGAGGUUGCGUUUAAUGGAUCCCCGCUGGCGAUGAUCCAUUAUUUCGCUUCACUCGGCCAUCAUUGUCCACCUUUAACUAACGUCGCAGACUUCUUCCUUGAUCUGAUUUCAUUGAACACUCAAAAUGAAGAGAACGAGGCUAAUUCGAGACACAGGGUAGAUAAUCUCGUAAACGCUUGGAAAAUUUCAAAACCUCAAUUGAUAGAGAACGACCGCCCAUCCGCAAAAUUUGAAGUAGCUGGCUCUGCUAGUGCUCCCUUCAGAAUUGCGUACAAAGUCUGCAUAAGACGUCAAUUCAAGACGAUCACCAGAAAUUUGGAAUCGCUUUCUGCGCGACUCGCCCAAAUUCCCGGCGUUGGAAUAAUUUUAGCGCUCUUUUUUGCGCCCAUAAAGCACGACUACACCAGUAUUAAUAAUAGACUGGGUCUAGUACAGCAAUCCACAGCGCUGUAUUUCACCGGCAUGUUGACAAACCUUGCAUGCUAUCCGAAAGAGCGGGACUAUUUUUAUCAAGAGUUUAGUGAUAAUGUCUACGGUGUGACACCCUUUUUGCUUGGAUACAUGACCAUAGAGCUUCCGAUGGCACUUUUAGCGUCCGCAUUGUAUGCAAUUUUCACAGUGUUGGUCUGUGGAUUGAAUAGAACGGCUGGAAAUUUCUUUGUGACAAUGUAUUGCAGCUUCAUUGUAGCCACUUGCGGUGAGGCUUUGGGAAUAAUCACAAAUACACUCUUUGAACAACCGGGAUUUGUUGUUAAUGUGGUUUCGAUUAUUCUUUCCAUUGGAACAGUGAUGUCAGGUCUCAUGUCCUUGCACAUGUCUAAAGUCCUGAAGGGUUUUAAUUACCUCAGUCCUCUAAAUUAUACUGCGAUGAUUAUGAUCAAUUACGCAUUUCCUUCCUCUUUGAAGCUUACUUGCAAAGACGGCGGACAAAAUCCCGACGGGUCCUGUAUGCUUUCUACCGGUUCUGAAGUGUUGAAGGCCUAUGAAUUACAGAGAAACACUCGUGAAUAUUUAGGAAUCAUUAUAUGCGUAUGGUUCAUUUACAGAUUUUUGGGUUAUUUAAUUCUUCGCGCCAAACUGGAGUGGCUCAAGUGGUAA